UCCCACUCUCGUUUUCCUUUACCCUCCUUCGAUUCCCUUCCCUCUUACAAAAUACUUUGGCUUUAUAUUCUGAGCAAGUCAAGAGAAUUGCUGUUCCCGCCACUUUGCCCCCCCUCCCUCCCCGAAUCUUGGAGUUACAUCCGUCUGUAAUCCAAAAUGGCGGAAUUCGUGCGUGCCCAGAUCUUCGGCACGACCUUCGAGAUCACAAGCAGGUACACAGAACUGCAACCCGUGGGAAUGGGUGCGUUCGGCCUCGUGUGUUCGGCGAGGGACCAAUUGACCGCACAGCCCGUUGCCGUCAAGAAGAUCAUGAAGCCUUUCAGCACCCCAGUUUUGGCCAAAAGAACAUACCGCGAACUGAAAUUGUUGAAGCACCUGCGCCAUGAAAAUAUCAUCAGCCUGAGCGAUAUUUUUAUUUCUCCUCUUGAAGACAUUUAUUUCGUAACAGAACUUCUCGGCACCGACCUCCACAGACUCCUCACGUCAAGGCCGUUGGAGAAACAGUUUAUUCAGUACUUCUUAUACCAGAUCUUGCGGGGACUUAAAUAUGUGCACUCGGCAGGCGUUGUGCACCGUGACCUGAAGCCGAGCAAUAUCCUUAUCAACGAAAACUGUGAUCUGAAAAUUUGCGAUUUCGGCCUUGCCCGUAUUCAAGAUCCCCAGAUGACCGGCUACGUGUCGACAAGGUACUACCGUGCGCCUGAGAUUAUGCUCACAUGGCAAAAGUAUGAUGUGGAAGUGGAUAUCUGGAGCGCCGCAUGCAUCUUCGCCGAGAUGCUGGAAGGAAAGCCUCUGUUCCCCGGCAAGGACCAUGUGAACCAGUUCUCCAUUAUCACAGAACUCCUUGGAACCCCACCGGACGAUGUGAUUCAGACGAUCUGUAGUGAAAAUACUUUGCGAUUCGUGAAGUCUCUCCCUAAGCGCGAACGUCAACCUCUUGCCACUAAAUUUAAGAACGCUGACUCCGAUGCGGUUGAUCUCCUCGAGCGGAUGCUGGUCUUUGAUCCGAAAAAGAGAAUUCGCGCGGGCGAGGCGCUGGCGCACGAAUAUCUUGCACCGUACCACGAUCCUACCGACGAGCCUGAGGCGGAGGAGAAAUUUGAUUGGUCAUUCAACGACGCUGACCUACCGGUGGACACGUGGAAGAUCAUGAUGUACUCGGAGAUUCUCGACUUCCAUAAUAUCGACCAAGGGACCGAGGCGGCUAGUCAAGUCCUCGUUGAGGGAGCUGGCGAGAGCCAGCAAAAUUUUGUAUAAAUCGGGUUCAUAAUUUUGCGGACGAGGCGCAGGCAACAGUGCAGCGUGUUUCAAAGGUUAUUCUCUUCUUUUAGUCUUUAGUCCCCAUUGUUUCGUAUGUAGACUGGGCAAGAGGACUGUGAUGUUUAUAUCUACGGAUACUUUCCCCAUCGCUGUCAAGUGGCUGUUUUGCAAGCUCUGAGGCGCAUACACCUUCGGACUCUGUGGCUUUUUGUUUCUUUUACAUGACGCGGUUAGAAUUGGGGUUUGAAAGCCACCUGUGACAUCGAUUUUCCCCUG